AUGAAGCCCAGCUGGCCCGAGUUCCCCAAGGCCGGGAAGGAUUCCGCAACUGCCACGCCGACCUCUGAGGAGGAGGGCAAGCAGGUGGUGGUGGGGGAGAUUGACUACGAGGAACAGCACCUGCAGAGCGAGGCGCUGCUGAAGGAGGUGGUGGGAAAGUACGAUGCGUGGCUGGCGGCAAAGGGGAUUGCGGAGGGGAAGAGGGGGGAGAUGUUGAGUAGGAAGGAGCUGGUGGAGGGGUUUGCGAGGGAGGAGUUGGGCAUCUACUUGUAA